GUUCGGGGGAGCUCCGCCGCUGCCGAGGAAAAGGAAACCGAAAGGCUCGAGUGAGUCCGGAGCGCCGGUCGUCGACGGGAGGAUUUCUUUCUGGCGAUGGAGAAACCAGAGCCGUCCGAGGGCACCUUGGAGGGAAUCCAGGAACUGAUCGCCAACUACAAGAAAAGACACGCGCUGCUGGUCGAGGAGCAGCAGGAGCUGGUAGCGGACAGGAACGACCUGCGGGACACGACGCGGCAGUUCAGGCAGCGCGCCGACAAACAGGCCCAGCUCCUGACGGAGGAGCGGAGCUCCUGCGAGGAGCAGAUCGCAAAAGAAAAGGCGAAGCUGAGUCUGCUGAGGCAGGAGGAGAUCGAACUCAUGGGGGAGAUCCAGAGAGUGGAGGCCGCCCUGGAGGAGGAGGAGGCCACACACGGCCUCCUCGAACGGCAGGUCGAUGUGUUCGCCGCCCUGCCGGAGAAGGAGGUCGUCUUCAGGGGGGAGACCGGGAAAGCGGCCGACACCCGGACGUUCGACAUGAAGCCGCGUAUAGUUUAUCCGAUGGAGGGGGGCACGGCCCUGGUCACGUUCGAGGAGGAAGACGUGGCCCAGAGGGUCCUGGCCAUGACGAAGCAUCGGGUGGAUCUGGAGGGAAAGUUCCGAAUCACUGUGGAGGCCAGGCCGGUCCAGCUGUGGAUGCCCAAGCUGGUGGAGAUCGACUCGGAGGUUUGUCCCCGGCGCGUAUUAAUCUCCAACUUGCCCGAGAUGGACACGGAGGCCAUGCUGAACAAGCUGGAGAUCCACUUCUCCAAGCGUAGGCACGGCGGCGGAGAGGUGGACAACUGCGUGAUGCUGCCGGACUCCCGGACCGUGGUCAUGACGUUUGUGGAGAACAACGUUGCCAAAGGCUUGAGGGACACGGAGUACCACGACGUGCAGCUGCAGAACAAGAAGCACCGAGUGAGGGUGACCCCUUUCCUGAACGGAACCUUGACAGACCUGCGGCUCGAGAAGUCCGCGUGUCGUCGGACGGUGCUCCUGACGGGAAUCCCUCCCGUCGCGGAGGACGAGAUCCUGCAGGACCUGCUGGAGAUCCACUUCCAGAAGAGCAGCAACGGCGGAGGGGAGAUCGAAGCGGUGCUCUACAAUCCGCUGGGUCAGCACACGUCGGUCCUGUUUGAGGGCGUCUCCCCAGACAGAGAGAAGUAGAGGCUGUGGCUUUACCCCGGGCCUGCUCCAUAAAACCCCCCCAAAAAACCCCAAAAGGGGUUCAUGGGGACACACAGGAUUCAAACCUCCUGUGAUGGAAGUCAGCGUCUUGAGGAGCAAAGUUAUGAACUUCUUAUUGAAGGCUUUUCUUUUUUUUUGGUGUCGUUAAAACUGCCCCCUCUGGUGACUUUCAGAACCAUUAAACUUGUGCU